GACCGCAAGCGCACCUCGUCCUCGUCGCUCCCGGCAGUCUUCACGUCCUCGAAAGCCCGUUUGACUCGCGCUUUCCGUAGCACGACACUCAUCCAGGGCUCUGUAAAAAGUACUCACAACUAGUACUCGUCAAGAUGGUCCGCGUCUCCGUUCUCAACGACUGCCUUAACAACAUCGUCAAUGCCGAGCGUCGCGGCAAGCGCCAGGUGCUCAUCCGCCCUUCGUCGAAGGUCAUCGUCAAGUUCUUGAGCGUCAUGCAGCGCCAUGGCUACAUCGGCGAGUUCGAGAUCAUCGACGACCACCGCUCCGGCAAGAUCGUCGUGCAGCUCAAUGGUCGCCUCAACAAGACCGGCGUCAUUUCUCCGCGGUACAACAUCCGCGUCACCCAGAUCGAGGCCUGGGUCAACUUGCUGCUCCCCGCCCGUGGGUUCGGCAUCAUCAUCAUGACCACCUCCUCCGGCAUCCUCGACCACGAGGAGGCGAGGCGAAAGAACGUUGGUGGCAAGAUUCUGGGCUACGUGUACUAGUUGUUGUGUGUAUCUGGCGUCUGUACUGCUAUUAUGCUCCUAUGACCCAUGCAAAAUCCAUGCCCUGUCGCGGCUAUCGCCAUCGAUGUGCCAUUGCUUGAAUAAAUUGGCAUGAACGAUACGGAC